AUGCUAGCACCUUUCCAAGCUGAGCACCGCCCCUGUGGAGAUAGUGCAACUGACAAUUCAAGGCAGAAGGAAAAUCUGAUCCCAUGUACAGCAGGAGAAAGUGGAAACGGUCCCAAUACUGUAUUCACCUCACAAGGAAGUGCUUCGAACUUGUUUAAUUUAGGCAUCUUAAAGGAGAGAGAUCAGUCCAGUAAUGAGAAAACUAUGUACCAGUGUCAUAAAUUGAGCAGAGAUUCAAACGAAGAAGCAUCAAAUAGUUACUCUCCAAAUAGAAACCGACAGAAUUCGAUGUUAAAUAGAAGAAAAAAAGUGGUGAACAAAUCACGAGGAAUAAAUAAAAGAAGAAAAAGGAAGAAUCAAAAAGAAAUUAUUAGUGAGGACGACUCCAUAUCUUUUAUUAUUGUCAACAAAGAGAAGAAAAAAAACAACAUGAGCAGCUUCGAUGAAGGUAGAUAUAGACGACUAUCUACGUUUGACACAAAAAAGGAGAAGCUUUCUUUCCCCAACAAAGAUGAUUCUGCUAAGAAGAACAUGUUUUUAGGCAAUGUCCAUGGGUCUGACUCUCCUAGUCAAGGUGGCAACAUCUGUGCAAAUCGAAACGAUGACACCUGUACGCUGACUGCUAAAUGUUGUGUAGAUCAUAUUGGGUGCACGCAUUGUGCGAGUUAUGUUCCUGCUGAUGCGACGGUCGGAAAUGAAGCAGAACUUAUCCUCUUGGAAAACCGAAACGGAAAAGAUGAAGCAAACUUCAAGAAUGAUAAUUCCAAUAAGGUUGACCUCAUGAACAAAGGAGAUACAUACCUUAGUGAGCAAAGGAAGGGGAACAAAUACACAGAAGAAGACUCCAACUGCACAUAUGAAAAUGAGAACCAUGAAAAAGGAAAACGAAAAUGUUCAAGGAAAAAUAAAGUCCUGAGAGGUGGAAAGAAACAAAUAGAUGCAGAUAAAGAUCUCGUUGAAAGAAGAAUGCUGUAUGAUGGAACGGAAAAGAAAUUGGAGUUUCCAUUUUACAUGGAGGAGAAAAGUCCCUCGAAUAAUCCUCUCAAGGGAAGAAGGCGGAGAAGAAAAAAAUUUGCACCCAAAAAUGGAAGCAAGGUUUCUGCACGGAGGAAUAUCAAAAAGGAAAACAAAAUCAACACACGAAUAUAUUCUAAGAGAAACCCUAAAGAACACACAAAUAUUGACAGUUCGAAUGAUGAGUUGAAUAACCUCCGCAGGAACGAAGGGAAAGGUCACGAUGGGAAGGAGAACCGAAUGUACGUCCCAUGCAUUACGAUCGAAGAAGCAAUAGAAUCUCCUAAUGUAAGAGGUCCUUCAAAACGUCGCAGAAAUAAUAAAUCAAAACGGGGUUGUAAAAAGCAUGUUGAAGAGAAAAAUUUGAUUAGUAACUGCAACAAUUGGAAUGUACUCUCCAACGAUAUGAACAAAAAUGUAGCUCUUUGUCAAAGGGAAAGAUAUGAUCCUUACCAGGAAAUGAAAAAAGAACAUGCAGUGAAUGAUCAAAUGAUGCAGCUUGGGAUAGCUAGGAACGAAGUUAUGUGCGAGAGCAAUUUAGCUGUUCCACUUAACCAUUUUAAUGCUUCUUGUCAAGGGGGUAAUUACUACAUGGCGAAUAGAAUUGACGCCCAGAAGGCGGCAUGUCUAUAUUCUAACGAACUCGCUCUGUCGAAAGGGACACAAUGGGAUAGGAGCAACUAUGGAGAGAUGGAAUCGUCUAUAGAACAGCUUUUAAAAAGAAGCACUUGGAAAAACAAUUUCCAUGAGGGGCAACACAUCACGGGUGAUAUUUCGAACGAGCAUGUUUCGACGGCACACAUGUGGCAGGGGUAUUCUGCGGCAGGUUACCCGGUGGAAAGCUACCCGGUGGAAAGCUACCCGGUGGAGUGCUACCCGGUGGAGAGCUACCCGGUGGAGAGUUAUCCGGUGGAAAGCUACCCGGUGGAAUGUUACCCAGUGGGUAGUAACCCGGUAGGUAGUUCCCCCGUGGAGAGUAACCCAGUUGGUAGUAACCCGGUAGGUAGUAACCCAGAUGGUAGUAACCCCGUGGAGAGCUCCCCUGCGGGGAGCUACCCCCCUCGUUGGGUCAUCAAAAAGGAGCAGUGCCAUUCUGUACCUGAGGUACCUGCAGAAGAGACCUUCGCGCGGGAAGCAGUGAAUCCAUCGGAGACAGAAGUGAUGGAAAACCAAGAAAAACAAAAUGCUCAUAAAAAUACGUGUUUUUUGUCAAGUAUGAACAAAGAGGAGUUAGCUUUUCCAUCAAACGUCGCAAAGGUGGACGUGCGUGCAAAGGGAAAAUUGAAUGUUCACUCGAUUCUUAAUAGCAACAAAUUCGAGUGCAGCGGCGAGCACAACGAAAAGCGCAAAAACGAGCGAAAGGGCAAGCGAAAGGGCAAGCGGAACGACAAGCACAACGACAAGCGGAACGACAAGCGGAACGACAAGCACAACGACAAGCACAACGACAAGCGCAACAAGCGCAAAAAUGAGAGCAAAAACGAGUAGAUGAAUAUCUUAGGCAGUAGUGCAUACACAACCCCGAUUAGCCCAAACACAAACACGCGCAUGCUAGCGGAUUGUGCACCUUCACUAGGAUAUGGCGAAAGCGCACUUGCACUCCCUGUUAAUGGCGUGAUACAAGCUAAUAACGAAGCAUUCGUCACAGGAGGGACUAACAGCUAUUACAUCCCACACCCCUGUUGGGAUAAUUAUUCCAAUUUCGGGACGCAACAGAAUUUUAAUGAAUACCAAUACCCCUAUAUUAAGAGUAUGUUCCCAAAUGAGUGCAUAAAUAUGUCGGUGCAGAAUUGCUCAGGUUAUCCUUACAAUUACCGGAUAGGUGUGCACAAUUCUGGGGUGCUCGACCCGACAUGUGCAGACAAUUAUUUUUAUCCCAGUGGGGGCAAUUCCUUGCAACGUUUUGGAGGCGACGGGAUACGCGGCUACGAUGGGAUAUGUGGCUACGAUGGGAUGUUAUACGAUGGGAUGUUAUACGAUGGGAUGCGAUACGAUGGGAUACGCUACGAUGGGAUGCUAUACGAUGGGAUGCGAUACGAUGGGAUACGCUACGAUGGGAUGCUAUACGAUGGGAUGCCAUACGAUGGGAUACGCUACGAUGGGAUGCUAUACGAUGGGAUGCCAUACGAUGGGAUGCCAUACGAUGGGAUACGCUACGAUGGGACAUGCAGUUACAAUGGGACAUGCAGUUACAAUGGCGCCAAGUUGUGCGAGGAAGGCCUGGGGUGCAACAAUUGUGAGUUCCCCCAUGAGGGGAGUAACUUCCAUUGUACCGGCGAGUUCCCAAGCCAUGGUGACAAUUCGUGCGUGACCAGCACACACAAUAACGUCCCCCCCUCCGAAGCGUUAAUUACACAAGAUUGCAGUUAUUACCAAAAUGAUCCCCAAAUGGUCAUAUCAAACGCUUCAAAUAACUUAAAGGAUCAAAACAGCCAAAACAAUAGCAACAAAAAAGGUUCGUUUGUCAGAUGUUCACUCAGAAGCGAAUCCUAUUGCAUAUCCAAUACAAGCAGUACAAAAGAUAUACCCGAAAAUAGCUUUUCCAUUAUCAAAGGGGAUAAUAAUAACAUAACCGAUCACAUUAAGAAGGAACAAAUGGAUCCAGAAGACGAGACGGAGGUCAACCCGGAUGGUAAUCAUCAAUCCGAUCAUUAUACUCACACAGCCGCAUGUAAUGACACUCUCCAAGUUUGCGCUAGCAAUUGUGCAAGCUAUGCAGUUGUUAACCUUAAGGAAGGGGACAAUUACAGUCCUGGUUCAUCUAACAAAGGGGAAGCAAUUCCCAGCGGAAGUAAUCACAACGCAGGUGAUGAUGAUGGGAGAACAAAGGAAAACGUAGCGCUAGAAUUAGAGGGUAUUAAGGUCCAAGUGAGAGGUCAGGAACGUGAUGUGGAGGGACACCUUCCCGGAGAUGAGAAAAAGGGGCAUACGAAUGGUACCAAAGUGAAGGUAAAAAGGGAGGCCUCGAGUGACGUCGAAAGUGAUGACAAAAGUGAUGACAAAAGUGGUAAUAAAAGUGGCAACGAAAGUGGCAACGAGAGUGACAGCCAAGGUGACAGUCAAGGUGUAAACCAACAGCGACGCAAGUGCGCAUGCAAAGGGGAAAAGUGGAGAAGCAAAUUCACCAAGUUCACCAAAUUCACGAAAUUCACGAAAUUUACCAAAUUCACAAAAUUCACAAAAUUCACCAAAUUAUUGCAAAACAAAAUGCACCAGUGAAUGUGUAGUUACGGCCCCAAUGGUGAAAGAGAAUACGAUGCAUGCGGUCAUUUGAGUAGAAUUAAUUUUCCCUAUUUUUCGGAUCAUCGUGUGUGCAAAAUACGGUACUCUGUGGAUGAUGAGUGCUCAGAUUUUUCCUAUUCCUUGAGAGGGGACAUGCGAAGUAACUACCACUUAAGUAGGCUGGGUGCAACUAAUCAGGUAAACUUGCACGGUGCCGAUUAUGCCAAGAAUUAUGUUAAUGCGGGUCCCCCUGAAGGUGUUGCGCACGUCAGUGGCGGCGGUAGUUAUCCCGGAGGAAAUUUUUACAAUAUUAACGACUAUGGCUACGUCGAUAAGUUCGAUCAUUCGGGUACUCUAAGCAACGCAUUAAACUACUGCACGCAUUAUAACCACACAAAUGAGCACCUCCUCUUGGACUGCCAACACUCCCAAAAUGACAAAAAUUAUGGAUCGAAUUGGAACCGUUCCAGCGAGACCUUCCAAGUAUGCUGGGCCCAUUGUUACGCCAACAUUCAGUACAGCCUGAACAAGCCUUUUUAUUUCCUUGACGACUCCUUCUCCACAGCGUCAGAUGAGGUGAAAAGCCUCUCUGUUAACAAGAACAGUACGAAUGAAACAAAUGUCAGUAGAGUAACGAAUAGCAUUACCUUAAAGAAGGAGUUAAAAGUGGGUAUCAAUUCUUCAAAAGGAACAAAAACUUUUAGAAUAAAGAACGAACUGGUAAAUGAAGGUGAUUUCAGCUCCACUGAUUUUCCCACCGGAUCCAAAUCUAAGAGUACCCUUGACAUAAACAGCACUUCACUUCGCAAUAAUACAUGCAACCUUUUAAGUAUCUCGACAAAAUGUGAUAGCCUUGGUUUUAAUAACGAUGAUGGUGCUUGCGUGCAUGGUGGAGCAUCCCCCAGUGAAGUGAACCAAAGUGAGAACAUCAAUACGAUUGCUGUGGAGGAACAUCACUGCGGGGGGUGCAUUGCUCAAGGGGACUCCAAUACCUAUAAAAUAGAUGAAGGAAAUGGAAGUAAAGACGCGGCGGAAGGCAAUACACAUGCAUGGGGGGAAAAACAGUUUGGUUCAUGUGUAAUGGAGAAUAUGGAGAGAAGUAAAGAGGGAAUAAAGCUGCGACAGAUGGGAAAGCUGCGAAAGGUGCGAAGUAGCCAAGUGUGUGUGCCACGCGUGAAGGCGGAAAGGGAGAGAAGCAAUGCGGAAAUUGGUUCCGAAAGGGAUGCGGAGAGUGGUGCCGCCUCCAGCCCGCGAAACAGCGCACACUGCAGCCGCGAAGAAGGAGGUAUACACACUGACCAAGGAAUGAGCGAUAAAGGUAGCAUCGGCGUCAAUACAGAAAUAAAUGAAAAGGGAAAUGCUCAUAACGGAGACGUAAGAGGUUGCCAAAGCAAAACUCAGUGCACACAUGAUGGUGCUGAUGGUGCUGACGAUACUGACGAUGCCGACGAUACUGACAAUACCGAUGAUGCUGAUACUGAUGACGAUACUGACGAUACUGAUGAUGAUGCUGACGAUGCUGAUGGAAAUAUUGUGCAACACUUAAAUGAAAUGGAUACCCAUUUGAAAAAUACGAAUUGCAUGUACACCCCCGCGAAAUACAAUUACCAGAAUGAGGCACAUUUUUUUAACAACCCUGUGAAUGAAGCGAACCUCCCGAACGGUGCAUGGCAAGGAAGAAACUCGUUGAGUCAUGCAAACUGUGAGAAAUACAUGCAACCGUUGAGUUACUCCCAUUCGCACAUGUCUGGGAUGGGUGGGAACUUCCACGUAAAGUGCAAAGGGGAGCACGCUGAUGGGGGAAGCGACGACGGUGAAGACAAUGGGAGCCACAGGGAAAGUGGCCAUGGGACCGACAGUAGCAGUGACAGUGAAAGCGACAGUAGCAGUGACAGUGGGAGCGACAGUAGCAGUGACAGCGGGAGCGAUAGUCUCGGUGACCACACGAACGAAGAAGUACCCCACAGCAUAGGCAUGCCGCUAAAAGGCGCAAAUAAUAUGCAUGGCGCUCGGCACGUAAGUGGUUCCUUGUACUAUCCGGGCCAUAUUUCCAAUAACAGCGAUGUCAUUUAUGCCGGUAUGCCACCCGCUGGAGCAAAUGUGCAUGCAAAUUUAGGUCAAACUAGUUUGGACUGCAUGAAUAGUGCACUAUGCAAUGGUACCUCUCCUGGUGGGGGCAACCACUCGGAUCGCCACGUAGGAGGGUACUCCUAUGGCUACCCAGCCGAGUUAUCGAGCAAAUGCCCAGCCGAGUUAUCGAGCAAGUACCCAGCCGAGUUAUCGAGCAAGUACCCAGCCGAGUUAUCGAGCAAGUACCCAGCCGAGUUAUCGAUCAAGUACCAAUCAGAGCUCUCCAACAACUACCAAGCAGAGCUCUCCAAUAACUGCCAAGCGGAGCUCUCCAAUAACUGCCCAUAUCAUUACGCAUAUGGAGUAAACACCCACUCAUAUGCGGACGGAAACGAAUCAGUGAUCCCAAGUUGCACAUUAGAGAGCACAAAUGGAAGUUCCGAGGAUGCACGUGACAUUUUCGAUUCACAAAUGGAUAGGCUUGGUUGUCAAUAUAUGGAAAGUGACAGUGAUAGGACGAAUGAAUCGAAUAACGACACGGAUGGCGAGUUCAAUUGGGAAUCCCCGGAUGAGAGGAAGCGGAGUGUAAGUAUAGUUAACGUGGGUAGUGUAAACAACAUUAGCACGGGUAACACGGUUAUAACUAGCGCAGGGAAUACAACUAUCACAAGCAUGGGAAACGCAACUGCUACCAGCAUGGGAAACACAACUGCUACCAGCAUGGGCAGUGAAAGCAGUGUGAACACGAGCAACAGCACGCACGCGAGCGCAAAUAGCAACAGCACUAUCGAUGGAGACACUUCCCCAAAUGAAGUCCCCAGCAUAAAUAAUGAAAGCAGCACAUGCAGCCUUAAUGAUAUACACAGAGGGUAUACAGAAAUCAAGCAAUGCAAAGGUGAGAAAAUGCAGCACACAAGAAUAAUAAAAUCAGAAAAAGUACUCAGAAGAAGAGGAAGAAAAAAAAAUCAAUCCAUUGAUUUUAAAUAUGCAUAUGAAAAAAAAAAAGAAUUAUUGCAAAAAAAAUAUGAUGUACAGAAAGAAAUGAUCCUAAAUAUGGAAGAAGGGGAUCUAAAAUUAAUCGCUGAUGAAAUUAUUAAGAAUACUCUGUUAUUACCAGAGAGAGGACCAUACGGUAGGAAUGCAUUGGAUGCUUCACACCCCAUUCAUAGUGUAUGGAAAGACACAACUCGGGGUCAUUCUUCAUGGAGGUGUAGAUGGUGGGAAAAUGGAAAACGAUUAAGUAAAAACUAUAAUGUUAAAAGAUAUGGAGAGUUAGAUGCUUUAAAAAUGGCUAUCAUUACUAAGUUGAGAAAUAGCUCACCAAGAGAUCGCAUCCUUUAUUUGAAUCACCAAAGAGAAUUUCUAAAUUUAUGCUACGCUAAUAAUUGGAUACCAAAAAGGGAAAGUGACAGGGGGGAGGGGGUUCAAGGUACUGCUAAGAACCCCUCCGAGAAGGAUGACAUGUUAGAUGGAGAAAAAGAAAGAGGCAAAGGGGUAGGGGACAUGCAUGCACAUGAAAUUAACAAGCAUUGUGAUCAAGACAGGAGUUCAGAAGCAAGUCAUUUGAGUGUUCCCCUCAUUACAUACAACACAAGCUGCCUCUCUGAUGAUGCAAGUGCAUCCCUCCAUGGGAAUAUCCCCCGAAGAAGAAACAAACGCAUUCUUCUCACUAACACAGGAAGUAGCAAAAAAUGCCGUAUCCUUAAGUGUUCCCCCUUUGGCUCGAACACCGAUACUGUGAAGAACUAUCAACAAGGUGAUGGAACAAACGUCAUAAACGCAAGAAAUAUUAUGCACACUGUAAGCGCACUGAACGUGUUGAAUGUACCGCGUGCGCUAAAUGGGGUGAAUGCACAGGGAGAAGUAAAGUUGGAAAUGAUGCGACAUGUGCAAGGAGGGAAUGCCUUGCGGGGCAUGUAUUAG